ACUUAACUGUAACUGUAUAGCAACUGACCAGUCUCUCAUCCUCCCAAGGUGCUGCUGGUUUCCCUAAAUAAGCUCCUUUCAGCUCCUGCCACCAUGACUCGUUAUUUCUGCUGUGGAAACUACUUCCGGGGCUAUCCUUGCUACGGAACCAACUUCCACGGGACCUACAGAGACACCCCCCUGAACUACGUUGUGCCCCUGGGCUCUCCCCUGCACUCCAGUUGCGGAUUCAGUCCUUACAGCUCCCGGAACUUCUGCUUAGAGGGCUGCAAUGGCGGUUGCUAUGGCAACAGCUUUUACAGGCCGUGGGGUUCUGGCUCUGGCUUUGGCUACAGCACCUACUGAUGGACCAGUGGCUCCGGCGACAACAGGAUUCCCGAUCAGUUCUCUGCAAAAGGAACAACCUGAAGAGCCAUAACUGUCUUCCUGCCUCUAGAUGUGCUUCUGAGCUACUGACUGCUGCUUACUGAAUCUUGCUCUUCCAUGAUAAUGAACAAGUCACUCAGGACUCAGAUGUCAAGCUGAUAUGCAUUUACAGCCUAGGAAAGCAGGGCGCAUUUUCCAGACAUAUUUAAACUUAGCAGUGAAGCGGGUAGUCUGCCUCCUAGGGUUGCUCUAUUCAUAUAUUAUUAACUUCUGCAUCGACAUCACUGUAUUUCCAAUUGGGUGUGGGUGGGAAAUGGCUUUACUUCUAGUCUCUUAAUAAAUCUGUUUUAUUAAGCAUG